GCUGAAGCGUUCCAGGGGCUGGGGCCGCCCCGUGGGCUGGGAGAACCAGGCGCUGGGCGAAGGAGCUGCUAGAACAAUGCUGAGGCGGGCGAGGUGAGGAGCAGGGCUCUGCCUCCGAGAGGAAGCGCCGAAGGAGCGUCUCGAACAGGUGAUCGGAGGAGCCGGACACCGAGGCCACCUGGGCAUCCCUCCCCUCUCCCCGGCCAGGCCCUGCCCCCAGAGAAGGUGGGGAAACCAUGGCGACCAAUUUCAACGACAUCGUCAAGCAAGGCUACGUGAAGAUGAAGAGCAGGAAGCUCGGGAUCUACCGCAGGUGCUGGCUGGUGUUCCGCAAGUCCUCCAGCAAGGGGCCCCAGCGGCUGGAGAAGUACCCGGAUGAGAAGUCCGUGUGCCUCCGAGGCUGCCCCAAGGUGACCGAGAUCAGUAACGUCAAGUGUGUCACGCGACUCCCCAAGGAGACCAAGAGGCAGGCGGUGGCCAUCAUAUUCACUGACGACUCGGCCCGCACCUUCACCUGCGACUCAGAGCUGGAGGCGGAGGAGUGGUACAAGACCCUGUCUGUGGAGUGUCUGGGGUCGCGGCUCAACGACAUCAGUCUGGGAGAGCCGGACCUCCUGGCCCCAGGGGUGCAGUGUGAACAGACAGAUCGCUUCAGCGUCUUCCUGUUACCCUGCCCCAACCUGGAUGUGUACGGCGAGUGCAAGCUGCAGAUCACCCACGAGAACAUCUACCUCUGGGACACGCACAGCCCCCGCGUGAAGCUCGUCUCGUGGCCCCUCUGCUCCCUGCGCCGCUAUGGCCGGGACGCCACACGCUUCACCUUCGAGGCCGGCCGGAUGUGUGACGCUGGGGAAGGGCUCUACACCUUCCAGACGCAGGAAGGGGAACAGAUUUACCAGCGGGUCCACAGUGCCACCCUGGCCAUCGCCGAGCAGCACAAGCGGGUCCUGCUAGAAAUGGAGAAGAAUGUGAGGCUGCUGAACAAGGGCACGGAGCACUACUCCUACCCCUGCACGCCCACCACCAUGCUGCCCCGCAGUGCCUACUGGCACCACAUCACCGGCUCCCAGAACAUCGCCGAGGCCUCCAGCUGUGGCGGUGAGGGGUCCGGGGCAGCCCAGGCCAGCUCGGAGGCGGACCUCCUCGGCAGACUCCUCCUGCUAAAGCCAAAGCCCAGCCCGGGGGGCAGCAGCGAGGCCAGGACCCCGCCCAGUGGCAGCCGGGCUGGUGUGCACCACUGACUGCGGGGCUGCCCGCUGCGCACGGACAGCCUCGGGGGCUGUAGGCUACGCGCCUGGAGAAGGGGAGCCGCUGUCCCUUCCUUGCCCCCACGGGGGAGGCUGGACCCAGGCAGAGGGCCGGCCACACUGCCGGAGCAUGUGCGAGGGGCCAGAGCUACCGUGGGGCUCUUGACUGUUCAGGAUUCUAAUGUAUACGGCUUACGACACAUCCUCUCUUAACGACACUUCCCCGUCCUCCCCGCCACCACAUCCAUUUCUGAAUCCCGAGACCAGGCCACCACCAAGGCUGGUUCUGAAUGUCCUCUUGGCACAGCCCUCCCGCUGCCGGGACUCGCCUGAGCUGCCGGGGCGAGGCAGACAAUCAGAACUCAGGCUGGUGCUGUCGGCAGGCUUUUCCCAGGAGCCAAGGGCUAAGACAGCAAGUGGCUUCUAGUUCCUCUGGGCCCAGUGGCACAGGAAGGAUCCGAACUCACGCGGUGCCACUUGCUGACAUCUGGUUGACCCCUCAGGUGAGAAGCUGGUUUGAAAAAGAAAGUUUCUGCCCAGGCUCCUCCCGCUUUGUGGGCUGGAGGUCCCUGUGGGCAGCAGUGCUGGUGACCUCAGCGGGGGGAGGGCCGCCAGGACUGCUGUGGGGAGCUCCCUGCGGCCCCUCACGGACCUGGGCUGGCGGUGCCCUGCGGAGAGGCCCCCCCUCUGGUCUGGCCGCCCUCUGGCCAGGAAGUCCUCAGAAACCAGCCUCCCCUCCUCCCCACCUGGUGCUGAUGCAGCUGAAGCAGUUGACUCCCCAGCGCUGGUCUUGACUGACUACUGGGCACAGGGCUAUCUUUCUAUCCACAUCAACCCUUCGGGUGUGUGGUUUUUUUAGUGUUUUUUUUUUCCUUAAAUACUUAGGGUUCUGAUUUGUGGGAACAGACCUUGUUACCCUGAUGUAAAUAACCACUGUUCAGAGUUGUGGCAGGAGGAGGAGAAGGCUGGAGGCCCCUCCAGCAGAGGCCUGGAGCCAAGGAGGUGGCCACAGCAAGCUCGGCUCGGACCGAGCAGGGACGGACCACCAGAGGCCGGAGCCUGCAGGCGAGCCCGCUGGGCCUUGGAGGGGGAGCAGCACGAUGACGCAUGGAGAUGAUGUUGUGCUCUUUACUGCCCAAAAUAAACACUCGGCUGUUAA